AUGCGAGAACUGACGCCAGUGACGACUCACAUCGACACAAUGGUGAUGAACAUGGCGGAAGGGCAGAUUGACUACAACGGCCCGCAGCACAGACCCAAGCUUCAGCGAAAUCAAAAGCGGAAUACAAGCGAGCUGGAAGACGAAUUCGACAAUUUGGAUGACGAAAAUCCGGAGAAUAGGCCGUCUACUCCCGCUCCCACGCUCGGUCGCGGCUCCAGAAGGCCGAGUUUGACGUCUUCGCGGCCGACCAGCCCGUCCAGAGAGUCGGAGAGCUCUCUAGGCCCGAGCUUUGACAGUCCUCUGGCCACGUGGACGUAUCCUUAUCUUCCCUGGAAGCCGAAAGUGACGCUGAGCGAGAUGGACGACUUCAUCCGAAUGGCGCGCUCGAAAUACCUCGACUACAGCUUCAAAUAUCCAAAAACAGAGGCGCAAAUGCUCGCCGCGGUUCAGAAUCGCUUCGGACUGCCGAAACCGAUCCAGAACAGCAUGAAAAUCAUGGACAAAUACAUUUAUAAAAGCCUUGCCGAUGUCCAGCGUGAAAAAUGGGCUGAAACGGAGAAACACCAACUUACGAAACCGUACAAAAAGGAAACUUCUUCGAUCGAGAAGUUGUACGAGCGGAUCUGGCAGAAUCUAUCGAUGUACGUGAUUUCGCUGUUGAAAUUAUUGCUGGCAGCGGCGCCGACUGCGAAUAAAAGCGAUAUAUUCAUGCAGGAUCAGAUGGGGCCGCAUUCUAUUCAAUUAGAAGGAACGCAGCUCUUCAAACUUCCUGUCAUGCUGAUCGGACUCGACGUCAGCCGCCACAAAGAAAUCGUGACAAAAGCAAUCUCUGGAUUUAUCCUGCUUUUGAUGAAGCAUCUCAAAGUCAACCACGUCCACCAAUUUGAAUAUCUUUCCCAUCACUUGUACGGCUCCAACUGCUUUCCGCUAAUCGCCAAGUUUUUCAACCAGAACAUGACGGUCUUCGUAACUCAAAGAAAUCAAAUUCCAAAGCUAGACUUGCGAAAUGCUAUUCGAGGGCUGCCAAUCAUCCAAGCACUGAUAGAACGAGCGACAGAGGAGCAGAUGCCCUACUGCUGGCGAAACAUGUUCUCUUCAAUUUGUUUCCUGGGAAUACUCGUCAAAAUCAUGAAAGGAAAGCCUUGGCGCGUCAUUUGGCUGGUCAAGUACAAAGCCACCAACAUUUUCAAAAAGACGCUUUUGGUCAAACACGGUGUUUUCCAACUCUACGUUUUGAAAGUCAUCAAGCUUCACGCGCGAUUUUUGGGAAGACAGUGGAGGAAAAAUAAUAUGGACGUGGUUUCCGGAAUUUACGGCAUGGUGCGCCAUCAUUUGACAGACGACUGGGCUUUCUUCAACGCAGAGCCGGACAAGGAGUCUUCAGUUCAAGAGGAGAAUAAAAUCACGCAGACCUGCUCCUCCUUCAACAGAAUAGUUUACCUCCCCGAAGAUCAGGAGUGGACCAAAACUGGACACAUCGCCAAGUUCAAUGAGAUUCGCCUGCCGCCGAAUUUCGGGAGUCGCUACAAAGCUUGGCUUGAAAAGGAGGUCAUGAGCGUCAAUGUCGACUGGGAUCAACUCCUGAGUCCGGAAAACGCAGCCUCUGUCUAUCAACCCGAAGACCAGCCGGUUGCUGAAACCGCUGCUGCGUAA